UUUCUUUUUCAUACAUAUUCACAUUCUGUACAUCCUACACACUUUUGUCCAUUUCAUUUUCUGGUCCCUCUUUCUUUCACUUGCACACACAAAUUUGAACUCACUCAUUCACACACACUCUGCAGCCACACAGGUGUGUAAACAGUGUGUUGCUGUACUUUGGAGUGGUGGAUUAGUCUUUUUCCCGGCAUCGCUUUGUCAAAAUCAAACGGAGAGCUGACAACAGGAAGAUGGCCAGAGUUUGUAUGCUGGUUUUCGCUGCCGGUUUAUGGCUGGAGAUGUAUGGACUGCUUGCUGAGCUCACAGAGGAAAACACAGGAGUGUUUGUGUCCCAGCAGACGGCACACAUGGUGCUGCGUCGCCUUCGCAGGUACAACAGUGGCCUCGAAGAAGUUCUUCACAAAGACAACCUGGAGAGGGAGUGUAGAGAGGAAACCUGUUCAUUCGAGGAGGCCAGAGAGGUGUUUGAGAAUGACGAGAAAACUAUGGAAUUCUGGGCCGGCUACGUUGAUGGUGACCAGUGCAACCCACAACCCUGUCAGAAUGGAGGUCAGUGCCAGGAUGGAGUCGGCUCUUACAUCUGCUGGUGCAAACCAAACUUCAGUGGGAAGAACUGUGAGAUCGAAGUGAGCAAGCAGUGUUCGGUCGACAACGGUGGGUGUUCCCAUUUCUGUGUGAUGCAGGUGGACAGAACUGUGUGUAAAUGUGCUGCUGGUUAUAGACUCGGUGCAGACAAGAGGAGCUGUGAACCAACAGUGCCCUUCAGCUGUGGUCGUGUCAUCUUGCCCUCCAGCUCCGUCACCAGGACCUUCCUAAGCCCCCGAUCAUCAAACACAACACGCUCCUCUGGAACCAAACACAAUUCCAGUGACGCCUUCCCAGAUGACGACUAUGACGAGGAAAUACCACUGUUUUAUGAUUACCUCGACUCAUCUAUGAAUGAUUCAGAUGCGUUAAACAUCUCUCAGGCCUCUGCAGCUGAUGUACAUUCAGUGAAGUCGGAUUCAGACGCCUCUGUGAGGAAGGCAAGAAGCGUCACUGAUUCCCCCACGGAGAAGUCGCAGAUGCCGUCCUGGGCUUUCCCCACAACGCCCACCAUCAUAGCUAAAGACAACCUUGACCAGAGGGUUGUGGGAGGCGAUACGGCCAUUCCUGGAGAGAUACCCUGGCAGGUGGCCCUGAUGUCUCACUCAGUCAUCCUUCAGAGAGCUCAGCCGUUCUGUGGAGGAUCUCUGCUCAGUGAAUUAUGGGUCAUCACUGCAGCCCACUGUCUGGUCCAGGCUGAUGUGGCUAAAAAAGGUUUCUUCGUCAGAGCCGGUGAACAUGAUAUAACCGAGCAUGAGGGUCCAGAGCGAGACCAUGUGGUGGCAGAGCAGCAUAUGCAUCCUUUAUAUAAUUUUAACAAGUCACCAUAUAACCACGACAUUGCACUACUGAAGCUCGCCACCCCAGUGGAACUGUCCAACCAGCGGACUCCCAUCUGCCUGGGCCCCAAAGACUUCAUUCAGAACCUCCUGAGGGACUCCAGCAACUCCCUGGUGAGCGGCUGGGGACGACUGAAGUUCUUGGGCCUCGAGGCCACCAAGCUCCAGAAGCUGGGGGUCCCUUACGUGGACCGGACCUUGUGCAAGCAGAGCAGCCGGGACCACGUCACACGCUUUAUGUUCUGUGCGGGCUUUGCAGACGAGCAGAAGGAUUCGUGCCAGGGGGACAGCGGAGGGCCUCACGCCACCAAUUACAAAGGCACUUGGUUCCUGACGGGCAUUGUCAGCUGGGGGGAGGAGUGUGCCAAGGACGGGAAGUACGGCAUCUACACCCGGAUGUCACGGUACUACUCAUGGAUCAGUCAGAAAACAGGCAUCCAAAUAACCAACUGACACAUGGAGCUGUCAACAGAACAUACAGUAACAGCUGAGCUUAGCCACUGAAGAAGGGAGAAUAUUUUCUAAACCGAAUCAAGUGAGAAAAUGCACAUUUUUACUUCCAUUUCUGCAAUAAAAUGCAUUCAAAAUAA